CACCUUUAGGGCAGAGUAAGAGGUGGAUGUGUCCACCAAACGUCCAUCACCUUAUCCCAGACCCCAAGGCCAUAGGGCUAUUUAAAGAAUAGAGAAUAUUAUCAACUUUUGCAUGCAAAGGCAAACAUCUGUCUUUGUCUUGCUUUCAAAUUUAUGCCAUAUGGAAAGUUACACAUUUAAGCAGGUGACCAAUUUAAAACCACAAAAUGCAAUCAAACAGAAUCAAACAGGCACAGAUGAGCUACAUUAAGACAAGGCACUAGGUUCAAAUACUGAGUAGUUUAAUACUAAUUAGGGCUGUCAUAAGAUUCAAAUUGUUUACUGCAAUGUAUCUCAUAUUUUACAUGGUUAUUUCAAAUUAAUCUCCCCUAUUGUGUUUUGAAAUUCCUCUAUUUUAAAUUUAUUGAAACGUUUUUUUUUCCAUUUUGGAUUUUUACCAUCUUAAAUUAAGGGUUAUGACUUCUUGUCUGAAUAAAGACCUCCUUUUAUCUUGAAAGAAUAUAAGGAACUUCAGAACCAGGCAUGGCUGGGAAGCCUUUCCGGGCCACCUACAUCUGGGGCAGUAUCAUCUCUAACCUCCACACUCACGUCGAGGUCAAGCGUCGACGCCACAACCUGAAGUCCUACCAUGACUGCUUCCUGGGCUCCGAGGCCGUGGACGUAGUGUUGGCUCACAUCACCUUGAACCGAUUCUUUGGCGAAGAUGUGGUGCCACGCUACAAGGCUGUCCGUCUUUGUCAGGCUCUGAUGGACUCAAGGGUGUUUGAGCCAGUGGGGGUUAAAGUGUUUGGGAGGGAGAAGGAGAAGAAGAGAGCCACAUUUGAGGACAGUAGUUUCAGUUUGUACAGGUUCCUGAACCCGACAACCAGCUCCUCUUCGUCACUAGCGAACACCAACUCUCAUUCCACCAGCACCAUCGAGAGCGGCUAUGACUCCCCGAGCAUGAACAGGAACAAGAAUAACUACAGCCCAUCACAUGAAAGACAAGAGGUGCUGAGCUACUCCACCCACUCCCCUGUCAAAACAGACAAAUCAGUGGAGGACGUGCUCGGAAAUCUCAACCUGAGCUCGACCAUCACCCCUCAGAUGAUCAACCUCGGCCUCUCACAAGAGCUUGUAGAUGAGGUGUGGCACCAGCAGGCCGUCUUCAGGCUACUGCAGCUGAUAGAGCUCCCCCUGCUGGAGAACCUGUUAGAGGGUAAACAUGCAUCACGGCCUCCUCUGCACGGCAUGGACAGUGACCCAGACCUGUUGUAUACGUCGAGCUAUCUGGACAGAGAAGUCCUCAAGGCCUUCAGUGAAGCACAGGCUGAUGAGUGGAUGUCAGGUGCUGUGGACUGCCUGGAGUUUCUCCCUGAUGAGCUGGUGGUGGAAGUCAGUCGAGGUCUGGCUGGUUGUGCUGAGGAUCUGUUGCAAUGUAAAAGACUGCUUUACGAGGUGCUGGCUCAGCAUUAUGGACUUAUCCAGCAGCCUCCCCUGCUCAGCAAUCAAGUGUUCGACAUCCACUCAGGCAUCUCAGAGCUUCUCGUUAAUGGCAAACAGGAGCAGGCUCUGGAGGCCUUGCAGCUGAGCCUGAAGCUGCAGGACUCUCGCAGCAGGGAGGAGCUGCGCAGACUCCUGAGAUUCAUGGCUGUCGCAGCCAAACCACAGGAGGUCAAACUGCACAAAGAGAUCGAGAACAGGAUGGCAGUGAAGAGGUCUUUCUCAAGUGCCAUUGUCUACAGCAGUCGACUCUCCAAAGGAAAGGUGGACUUCAUGGUCUUAUUUAUGAUGGACAACCACUGUGAUCUCUUCAAAAUUCCUGUUUCAUUGCACAAGAUGGUCAGCGACAGAAUAAUGAAUAUUGUGAAAGGAAAGGAUCCAGACACAGUAGCAGGACUGACGUACUGCACAAGACUGAGUGUGAAAGCCUUUGCAGAAAAUGCAAAGAAAACCACUAAAGAGGAGCUUUGGUCUCUACUCCAGACCAUCCACGAGAACCCUAAACUCUCUGCUAGGGAGAAGAGGAGGCUACUAGGACAGUUUUAUAAAGGCCACCCGGAGAUUUUUGUUCAGUACUUUGGAAAUAGAUUGUCUAGUAUCAACAUGUUGUUACACUGAUAUUUAUUUCAUUUGUUGUGUCAUGUAUCAUGAUGUUAAAUGAUUUAAAGUAGGGAAACGAAGGUAAUGUGAUGUGAAUGUUGUGCUUUAUUUUAAGUAGAAUUGAUUCACCAUGGUGUAAAUAGUUUAGACCUCUGAACUGGAAUGUGAAUGUGAAUAGUAGAGACUUUUAAUUAUUUGUCUUAGAUAUUUUCUUAGGUGCAGGACACUAGAAUGAUAUAUUCUUGAAUUUAAGACUGUUACUUUCCAUGACUGAUAGAAAUGGACAAUGCAUUCUUAUCACAUUGCUUUGCAUCUUGAUGGUUUUCUGUGUCUGCAUGCAGCUUUUCCGUGGCUGUAUUCUUUGUGUUUGUGCAAUAGGAACAAUGUUCGCUUUAAAAAAAUCUUCAUGUGGUUUCCAUGUACAGAGUGAUGCACAGUGGAGCUAUGUCUGAGGAACCUUCAACCGGAUAUUUCAACCUGGACAUUUGAAAGUCUGAUGUGCUAUUAUAAACAGUAUGAUGCAUUCAUCAGAGCCAGCCCUCUGGGUUUUUGUGUUCGUUGCAACAAAUCAGCAAAACAGAUGUUUGUAUUUUUCUUUUUUUUGGGGGGGACUGGAAAUCGUAACCACGUUUUAGUGGCACCUUCGGGCUCCUGUUUUUAAAUGUAUAUGCUUCUUCUAAUCCUCUCAGGAAAUCAUUCCCACAUUUCCUGGUGAUGAAAACAUUCCCAGACUAAUUUUAAACCACACACAUCUUGUUUGUGUCUUGUCAAGUCUUCAAACAGAGUUGCCCAGUUGUUCUUUAUGUUUUCAUCUCUGAUUUAAAUGUAUAAUGUGAUUUCAAAAAAAAGCAAAUGGCAUCUGGUAUGUCAAGUAAUGAAUCCCCAGAAUACCAAGAACAUUAAAGUUUAAGACAUUCAAAGAGUUACAUUAUUCUUCUUAUCAACCCUCUCAUUGACAUUACACAGGUCUAUCUUUGGAAAAAGGAUACUUUAAUAAACUUAAGACAUCCGUUAGUGCUGCUGAGGUGUAAGCUAACCUACAAACUGUUUUUACAGUCUGUAAGUCUUUACAUUACACAGUAGUUUUGGACUCUGCAACUGCAAGAUUUUCCUAUAUUUUGCCACAUUCAUUUUACCCUCUACCUUUACAAGCCUUCCAGGGCUUUAAAAAGCAUCCCUGCAGCAUAGUGCUGCCACCACCAGGCUUCACAGUGGGGAUGGUGUGUUUGUGAUGAUGUGGAGUAUUUGGUGUCCGCCAAACAUAGCGUCCUGUCUGAUGUUGAAAAAGCACCGUUUGGAUCUCAUCAGAGCAAAGAACGUUCUUCCACUUAACCAUGGAGUCUCCCACAUGCCUUUUGAUGAACUCUACUCAAGAUUUAAUGAGUUUCCCUCAGCAGUGUCGUUCUCCUUGCCACUCUCCCAUAAAGCUUUGACUGGUGAAGAACCUGGGCACCAGUUGUGGUGUGCAGUCUCUCAGCUGCUGAAGCUUGUAACUCCUUCAGAGUAGUCAUAGGCAUCUUGGUGCUCUCUCACUAGUCUCCUUUUUGCACGGUCACUCAGUUUGUGUGGACGGCCUGAUCGAGGCACAUUUACACAUGCGACUUAUUUCUUCUUUAGCUUGAUGAUGGAUUUAACUGAACUCCAGGGGAUGUUCAGUGCUUUGGAAAUUUUUAGUAUC